AUGGUAAUGCAAUGGAAAGGGGUGAUCACAUAUUCCUGUUCCUACAAAGAAGCAGUGAAUCAGACAUUGAACUCAACUAAUGCCUGGAAUGAGGAGAUGAGCCUUCAGUUACACUGGUCAUGCGUUGAUGGCGGUGAGAACUACCAAGUACUUCGCUCAGUGAAGGAACUCGGAUAUAGGGGCAUGGAUGUCAUUUUGCUUUCCGUUGACCUGACAAAUAGAGAUGUUUUAUCCGAACAGCUGUUGAGUAAUAUCCCAGUGAUUUUCAUUGGGGAAGUAAAACCAUCACCAUUGGAUAAUAGAAACAAUUCCUCCCAGUCAGUACCCACGUCAAGUUUAUCAACCCAUCAAAAACGUGGUUGUUCUCCUCCUCAUGGAACUGAAGAAUUCCUCCUCCCGCUUCAGACAAAUAAUUCCCUAACCUUGUUCGGCUUAAACUUCUUUGCUGUUGUACACCAUCUACACUGGACAUCAGUCAUUAUUCUUUACGAAAAAGCAGUGGUCUUUUACCUAGAUCAGAUGAUACGAACCCUGUCGGAAAGUGGGCAUUUCAUUCGUUCACAUGAGGUUGAUGGGAUGAGUAAAGAAAAGGUAUUUCAUUUACUUCAAAAUAUAGAUGACAAAAACAAGGAUUCCCAUGUGAAUAUAACCAUCAUCGCCUACAAAACGUGUGCUGAUCAUCUGUUAUCAAUAGCCGGCCAGUAUGCCCAUCAGAACAACAGAAGAUCGUCUUUGAGCUUACGGUCCCUGUGGUUGGUGUUCCGAUUGGAUGACAACGACAAUCUGGACGGGAUGCAGAAUUAUACAGCAGAUAUUGACAACGUUGCAGUCGUUACCCUUCCAACAUUUUUAACAGAUACCGUGGUUAGUGAUGAGAAGGCAGACAUACUUCAAUUAAUGCGAAGAACCCUUUACACUAUUGGUUCAAAUGCCACCUUGAUGUCGACAGGUUUACAAAAAAAUGUAACUUACGAAUUCAUGGAACAUUUGCGUUUGCAGCUCCAGCGCUGUCACUGGUCAUCGGUUCAAACCCUCAUGCUUACAGCUGAGGGGCGUGGAUGGAGCCACGUUGGAUACGUUGCCAUCGGUGGACAAACAGCUUUCUUCGCCGAAGUCUUCCCAAAUAUCGCUUUUGGGUUCAACGGCCGUAAAUUUUCAGUAGCUACAUUGGAGUGGUCACCUUUUGUAACUGCUUUACCAAACAACACAUACACUGGUCUGUGUUUUGACCUUCUCGAUCAUAUGGCGGCCAGCCUCAACUUUACGUAUGACGUCACUGAACCCGCGGACCAACAAUGGGGAGUGCUGAAUGCUAAUGGCACAUGGACUGGUUUAGUUGGCCUACUCGAAAGAUCGGAAGUAGACAUAGUUGCAGCACCUCUGUCAACUCAAGCUAACAGAGAGAAGGUUAUGGACUUCACCUAUUCAUACUUCAUCGAUUAUACUACCAUUAUCAUGAAGAAGCCAGAUCCAUACGAGAAAAAAUGGCGCACUCUGAUUGACCCCUUCAGCGAGCAACUUCUACUUUGCGUUCUUCUAUCGCUUCCGGUAAUGUCACUCCUGCUUUUCCUUUUCGAGCGGUUUAGUCCUUACUACACUGGGGAUGAGGAACGUGAGGGGAUGAGUGGUCUCCAUACGUACCAGGACGCCUUCUGGUAUAUGUACGGUGCUCUGCUCACGCAAGGGGGUGAACAUCUUCCGCAGUCACAAACUGGGCGUACACUGCUGAGCUCCUGGUGGCUCUUCUGCAUCAUAAUGAUGGCUACAUAUAGUGGUAAUCUGAUUGCCUUUCUUACUGUGACAAAGGACAAAGCACCAUUUACUACCGUGGCGGGCAUGGUACAGAUGGACAAUUACCGCUGGGGCACCAUCGGGGGAAGUUCGUGGAUCGACGCUUUUAACGAGACACGAGUGCCCGACUUCAUGAAGGUUUGGGACGGAAUGUUAAGGUUCAACGCAAGCGAUCCAAGUGUUCUUAGUCCGAAAUCAAGUGUACACUUUGACAAAGUGCUAAAGGGAGAUUACGCUUACAUAGGAGACAAAACUCAAAUGGAAAUUAAGAUGGCUGAAGAAUGCUCCCUGUUAAUGGCUGACGAAGUCUUUAUGCCAUUACAAUACGCUUUCGGAUUUCCCAAUUUUUCUCCUUACACAAAAAUUUUUUCAGAUGAGUUACUGUACGUGCACGAGAGUGGAUUAUUGCAUAUAUGGAAAACUCGUCGCUGGCCACAACGCAGUUUCUGUGCAAGUGAAUUAGUGACAGUUGCCAAGACAAUCACACUAGUGGAUGUCCAGAGCGCGUUCUAUCUUAUUGGAAUCGGUGUAUGUCUCGCUAUGUUGGUAUUUGGCUUAGAGAAGUUUGCCUAUUGGUACAAAACAACGAUCAAAGGUCAACAUGACACUUCAAAAUCACACGUAGAAAUCAUAAACACCACAGACACGUUUGUGACAGAUAACGGAAUCCAGCCCUACCUAUUUGAACCGGAAUUACAAGACGAUGUAUCCAGUGAGGAGGAAAAUAGCAUCGUCAUUUAG